AAUUAAAAAAAGUAAAAUUUAUUCCAUAAAAAAAUAAUUCAAAUUAAAAAUAUAGAAUUGAUAGAAUCAAAAUAAAAUAAAAAAAUCAAAUAAAUGGGCAUAUAUAACUAAAAUUUGAAGAGUGUUAUUUCUCAAUUAAAAAUUAUCUGCUUUUAGAUCAAAGAAGAUUUAAAUAAAUAAAAGAUAGAUAUUUAAAAAUAUCGUGAAUAAAUAUAUAAUCACUUUAACAUUUCAUGUAAAGAUCUCGAAUUUAGUAAUAUGAAAGAAGAUGCUGAUUUCUUAUUACACUAAAGACGCAAGUUAAGUGGCAAAUAAAACUUGAAUCCUCAAGAUAAUCAUUUUUUUGAAAUAUCAAUUUAAAAGCUUCUAAAAUUUAAGUUAUAGUUCUCUGAUAAAAACUAAAUAAUAAAUAUGUUUAUCUAGCAAUCUAAAUAAUAGGUUAAUAAUAAUUAUUCUCUAAAUAAAAAGUUAAUCGAUAACAUGGACUCUGUUCGUAAGGAACUUUAUUAAUAUUUUAAUUCAGUCAUUGAAGAAUGA